AUGAUGUCUAUGAACAGCAAGCAGGCUUUCAGCAUGCACCCCAUCCUGCACGAGCCGAAAUACACCCACCUACACACCAGCUCGGAGGCCAUCAGGAGAGCCUGUCUACCAGCCCCCCAGAUCCAAGGCAAUAUCUUCGCGGGCUUCGAUGAGACUUUGCUGAGAGGGGCUGAAGCUCUGGCAGCUGUGGAUAUAGUGUCUCAGAAAACCCAUCCCUUCAAACCAGAUGCCACCUACCACACCAUGAGCAGCGUCUCCUGCACGCCUACCUCUUCUUCUGUUCACCUGCACCACCCCUCGGUGCUGAGCACCCACCAUCACCACCACCACCAGCCCUCGCAGGGUUUGGAGGGGGAGCUCCUGGACCACCUCAACUCUGCCAUCCCGCUGGGGGGUGUGCCCGGACCCGAGGUGGGCUCCACGCCCUCCCACCCGCACUCCCACAUGCCAGCCCUCAACCACAUGGCCCACCACCCUCAGUCCAUGAACAUGUCCCACCCCCACGGCUUGGCCUCCCAUGCUGUCAUCUCAGGCCCCGAGACAGAGACAGACCCCAGGGAGCUGGAGUCCUUUGCUGAGCGGUUCAAGCAGAGGAGGAUCAAACUUGGGGUGACCCAGGCGGACGUGGGCUCCGCCUUGGCCAACCUGAAGAUCCCAGGUGUUGGCUGCUUGAGCCAAAGCACCAUCUGCAGGUUCGAGUCCCUCACCUUGUCCCACAACAACAUGGUGGCCCUGAAGCCCAUUUUGGAGGCUUGGCUGGAGGAGGCUGAGAGGGCUCAAAGAGAGAAAAUGACCAAGCCCGAAAUCUACACUGGCGGGGACAAGAAACGCAAGCGCACUUCCAUAGCAGCCCCGGAGAAGAGGUCGCUAGAAGCUUAUUUUGCUGUGCAGCCCAGACCUUCAUCGGAGAAAAUCGCAGCCAUUGCAGAGAAGUUAGACUUGAAGAAGAACGUGGUGCGCGUCUGGUUUUGCAACCAAAGACAGAAACAGAAAAGGAUGAAAUUUUCUGCAACCUACUGA